CGACAACAUCGUGUGCGGGAAUCACAGUCGAUUGAACCGGUCAUUUCUCUAGGAUAACCCCGAGUUAGUCCAAGUUUAAGGUCUUAACCCAAAUAUGUCCUUUCGUGGAGGCGGGGGUAGGGGAGGUCGCGGUGGUGGAUCUUAUCGAGGAGGUGGAGGCAGAGGAGGUGGAGGAAGAGGAGGUGGCCGAGGAGGCUUCCACAGACAGCAAGACUUUGGCCCUCCAGAGCAUGUAGUCGAACUGGGAGAGUUCAUGCACCCUUGUGAGGAUGACAUUGUGUGUAAAUGUGUAACUCAAGAGAACAAAGUGCCUUAUUUCAACGCCCCAGUCUACCUGGAAAACAAGGAACAGAUCGGGAAAGUAGACGAGAUCUUUGGUCAGCUGCGUGACUUUUAUUUUUCAGUCAAACUUUCAGAAAACAUGAAGGCGUCUUCAUUUAAGAAACUGCAGAAGUUUUACAUCGAUCCCAUGAAGCUGUUGCCCCUCCAGAGGUUUCUGCCCAGACCGCCUGGAGAGAAGGGACCUCCACGGGGGGGCAGAGGAGGAGGAAGAGGUGGAGGUAGAGGAGGUGGCCGUGGAGGUGGAUUCCGUGGGGGCCGCGGGGGUGGUGGAGGUCGUGGGGGUGGUUUUGGAGGAGGUCGAGGAGGAGGAGGGUUCAGAGGAGGAAGGGGUGGAGGUGGAGGCCGUGGAUUCAGAGGUGGAAGAUGAAGACGUUGGCACCGUAUGGCAUCUUCUCCUUUGUCUGCCUCAGCGUAAGCUUCUGGUGGGAAGUAACAGAGAGGCAGCUUUUGAGAUGUGGAUCAGUGGGACUUACAUGUACCUGUUGGAUGCCUUUUUUGUACGCUUAUCUGAUUUUAUUAUUAUUUUGUAGUGAAUAUGAAGUUCUUUGAAAUAUUUUUACUUUAUAUGAUGCUCAUAUCUGGUAUCAAAUGCCACUGAUGUAUUUCUGCAGUGAGGUUUCUGUUUUUUUUGGUUUGUUUUUCUUUUCUGAGUUCCUAUUUGUUUGUUGAUUUCUGUUCUGGAAUUUGAUUUUUCAGUCUCUGUCAGCAAGACUGCUGGCUAAUGGUCUUUUUAUAUGACAUGCAGAAACAUGAUUAAAUGAUCUGUGAAGAGCCCAUUGAUAUUUAUUGAGUACUUUGCUAUAAUAGAGAAGUUUUUUGGUCGCUGUGAUUUGGACCAUAUGUGCGAUAAAGUUAGGACUUCCAGUGACUUUCAUGAAACAGGUCAAAUCAGGAUAAAGCAUCAAUUUACUACAAAGAGUUUUAUUUGUACAAACUGUAUUUGUAUCCUUGGACAGCAUCAGACUGAC